GAUUCUACUCCGAAUGAUUUCGUAAGUUUCGGCCGACAUUCGCGAAAUGUCGCGUAAUUUCCGCGAUAUCGCGCAUGCUAUACCAUCAUCAAAACCAUCAUCGUGCGGGUGGCGGAGUUUCCGCUUAUUUUUGCCGCUUUUACAAUGACUAUAUCAAGGCAAUGUUGCGCGGCGUUGUGCGGCGUCGCGCGGUGUCAGCCGUCAAUCGAGUCCAGUCGAGUUUCGAAGCGCAGAUCAGCCGGAGCUGCGGAUCCGUCGCGCCGCGUCGCAAGUAGUAUUCUCCCAUAGUGUCAUUGUCGUUUUUUGGACAGAAGAACGUUCUCCUCUGGAACAUACGACCGAUUCGAAUCGCAUCCAUUGCGAGUUUGCUGGAUAGAGCUACGGAUAGUCGCCGAGAUGGGCUUUGGGUUGUCCUCGAUCUCGCUUGUCCUCUUACUUGUUAUGCACAGCUCACAAUUGGAGGAUCUUUAUGAAGGCAGCAAUUGCAAGCUGGAGGAUGGUAAUACAGGCGUAUGCAAGAAGAUACAUGACUGUCCGUCCAGGGUACGGGAGGUGCUGGAAGGCAAGAGGUCCUCGGACUCAACAGGACGUUGCGGCUUCAAGAACUAUACGGAAAUCGUCUGUUGCCCAUUCAACAUCACCGAUAAGAUAGGACUUCGGCCGGCGGAAAUAGCGUGUCGUCAGUACGAGAAUGACAUCGCUACUAACGGUAAGCCGCGGGCCGAGGAGGUGCAAUUCAAUAUAUUCAGCGGUAUGCCGGCCGAGCGAGGGGAAUUCCCGUACAUGGUUGCUCUGGGUUACGAGAACCAGGACGACGACAAUUCGGGGCCCAUUAAGUACAGCUGUGGCGGUACGUUGAUAUCCUCGCAGCACGUACUUACUGCUGCUCACUGCGUGAGCAACAUACAGGAGAAAGUACCGAUAGAGGUGAUGCUCGGCAGCGAGGACUUGAAGAGCAAGGGUGACGACGCGCAACGAAUCGCCAUAAGCAACGUGGUAACGCACCCGCGGUACAAGCGCAGCACCAACUAUCACGAUGUGGCUAUCUUGAAACUGACGACGCCUGUGCGUAUGACGAGCAACGCGAGGCCGAUUUGCAUCCAAACCAAGUCCCUGGAUACUAUGGACAUGCCGACGAACGUAUCGUUCGUCGUGAUUGGAUGGGGCGCUACCAGCUUCGACGAGGACACCACUAACAGAUUGAGAAAGACGCCCGGUCUGAGUUUCGUGGACAAGGAAUCGUGCUCCAAAUCGUUCAAUGAUUUCAACAAACUGCCUCGCGGCCUGGACGAGAAUUUGCUGUGCGCGUUGGACACCAACGAGACGAGAAGAGCUGAUGCCUGCCAUGGAGACAGCGGCGGGCCUCUGCUGAUGUUGGCCGGGCCGAAUCAGAGCAUCGUGGGAAUCACCGCGUUCGGCCAGAGCUGCGGGAGCUCCAUACCGGGGAUUUACACGGCGGUGUAUUACUAUUUGGAAUGGAUCGAGAUGCAGGAAACGAUCAUGAAGUUUUUGGACACACCGGAAGAAAUGAUUCUGACGGUGCAACUCAGCCCGGCCGGUGUAUUGAUACCGUUUCUCGAGGUAUCGACAGCACGGACGAAGACGUCGUAUUUCGUAAAGAGGAGGCCCGUCGAGAUCACCAAGGAAAAUUACAGGGAUAUCCUAAUGCCGGGCGAUAUGGCACCGAGACCUAUCGACGAACUGUCGGUUUUGGUCGAGGAGGCUUAUGUACCGAUACUGUCGAACCCGAAGAAUCACAAAAGUUGGCCGUGCGUGGUCGGCGAGGAUGUGAAGAAGCACGUUUACGACCUCCGCGGCGUAAUAUGCCAGCUUAAGGGUAAGAUGAUGCGACAAACGUUGCUACCGAUGCCGAUGGGUGUCGAGCGAAUAUUCGAGGAAGAAUUGAAGGCGCAAAAGAGCGGCGGGGCCGAAGUCAACGUUCGCUUGAGAAGCGACAUCGAAGCGAUCCUAAUGAAGUGGUGCUCGCAGAUCGGCGACACGCUUCACGAAGAGAGCACGCGCGUCUUCGCCACCGAUAAGCAUCCGCAACCGAGCGCGGGUAUCGUAACUUCGGGUCUCAAAUUGAAUCUCGUUUCCAAUCGAAAGAGAGAAUGCAUCUUAAUUGCUGUUGAUGCGCUUCCAGAAAUCGAGUUUUGGCUUCGGCGACUCGUAAACGUCGAAUCUAUUUACAACCAGCUGAUGGAUCCCCGAGUGAAAAAAAUGGCGUCUAUUUUAGAAUUGACCAAGAGUCCUUACUCGACGUGUUUCAAGACUCUGCUGAGAGACGUUAUCGCCGCGGUAAUCGAGGCGCGCGACGUCUGCUCUUAUCUCAAAGCCUUGGAGCCUCAUUUCGAAGAUAUAAAAAAUAUCGGAUUCAAAGAUAUUCAGAUGAAGUUGAAGCCGUUGUUGCAUUGCGUAUGCCUGUUGUGGUCCAAUUCGAGAUAUUACUGCACCUCUACGCGAAUCAUCACGCUGCUGGUCGAGAUAUCGAAUUUGUUGAUAAGUGAGGCCGCCAAAUACUUGGAUCAGAGUACUCUGUUCGCGGGUGACGUCGAGGACGGUUUGACGCGUUUGGAACACGUGACGAAUAUCUUUCUCUAUUACGUGGAAAUGUUUGAGACUUUUCGUAGCAAGCUGGACACUUACUUCAGGCCGUCGAGCGAGCCGAUCCUGUGGAACUUUCACGACGAGUUGGUGCUCGAAGGAAUAACUGAUUUUCAGAAACGUCUGGGAGAGAUAAAGAUAUUGUUCGAGACGGCGCGGGAGUAUUUCAAGCUGGAGAGGAUGGAACUGGCGGGUCUGAAGGCGAGAACGUUAUGUUCGAGGAUUUACGACAUCCACGAGGAAUUUGUCGGUAUGUACAAUGAAUUCGCGGAGCUGCAAUACGACAUUCUAGUGGCGGAAGAGACCCGAUUCACCGAUCGUGUCACCUCCUUCUUAGCGAAGGUGAGAAGACAUCCCGUAAGUAUGACGACCGCGAAUGUUUUACGCGAGUAUACUCGUUCGUCGCAGGUGGAGAAGUUUGACAGAGAGCUAGCGAGUAUAUUCGAUCGGGCGUUCUCCGAGUGCCACAACACGGAGAUUAUGUUCAAAUUGAUGUGGAUUGUAGGCUCGAUGGGCAAUCGGCCGAUCGUCAUGGCGCAAUUGUGGCACAACUAUGAAAAACUGCUGCAAAGGAUUCACAAUCACUUCGACGAUAUUAAAGUCAUAUUCGACUGCGCCUUCAAAGAUCACGGCCAAAUCGAAACUGGACUGUAUUUUCCACCUGUCGCAGGUGCGUUAUGUACGUUGACGCAGUUGCGACAACGAAUCGACUAUCCGAUGCAAUGUGCGAAAUUACUCGAUCAUCCUUUGGUAAAUCUCAGAAUAGCGCGCGACACCAAGCCCAAGUACGAUCAGCUGCAGUCGUUGAUAGACACGAUGGAGCACGAGAUAUUUACGAAUUGGGCAGAUAAAGUAGCCGACAUCAGCAACACUUAUUUGUCGAAGAGUCUAUUAACGAUACGCGAUGACCAACUGCUCGAUGUAAACUUUGACCCCGAACUGACCGCGUUGUUGCGCGAGACGCGUUACAUGAUUAUCAUGAAGAGGACAGAUCUGCCCGAAGAAGCGACUGAGCUCUACUAUAGAACGCAAUAUUUCUUCGAGAGUACCUACAAUCUCAAUUUGAUCGUGCAACGGUAUAACUGGAUCAGAACUUACACUCUGCCCGUGGAAUUUGAGUUGGUGAGACACGAGGUCGAAAAGGUGGACGAAUUGAUUCGUGUCGGCCAGAGGACUUACAAUUGGAAUUCUCCGGAGGUGCCAGAGUACAUUGGCAAUUUGCUGGCCUUGGUGUGGAAGUUGCACUCGCGAAUCUUUCGCGCUCAAGAGAACAUUGCCGCGUUGCUGCGAACGGUUCACCCGUGGACGCUGUCGCCGAUACUGCAGCGUAAGGAUCUCAAAGACGAGAAUCCGCUCGCUGUGACCGAACGUGACGAGGCUUUUCAAAAACGAUACGACAAGAUCGAGCAAGCUGCCAGAGAGUUGAGUCGAAUCUUAAAUGAAAAUUACAAGCUGUUCUUCGAACUGUUACCCGACUCGGUGUACGAGAGAAACGAAUUGGACGAAGUGGUGGGGCCACGAGAAAUACUCGAGGAACAAGGUAACGCGGAAAAACGGAUCCUAGCGGACAAAUCGAGAAUCGAGGAAGAGAAAGGGAGAGUCGCGCGUGGCGGCACGGAGGAGGAGAAGACAGGCAAAGAUGAGAUUGAAAUACCGGAAGUACCGUUAACGGUCGAGCAAAUCGGCCAGACUGUGACCAAGUGGAAACCCUAUCUCGCUUACGUCGACGAUUUGAUAUCGAAAGCUCUGAUCCAAGCUGUCUCCAGUAGCGUAUGUUACUUGCUCGACGAGACCGAUCCGGAGAGCAACGUGUCGCCUCUCUUCGAGAUUCAAUUGUCGCUCGACGUGCCGAACAUUGUCUUCCAUCCCGAGGUAGACCCGGACGAUCCCGAGGGCUUUUACGCGUUCUUUAAGAGUCUGCUGCUCGACAUUAUGAGAAUGGGGACGUUGAUACCGCGCGUGGAUCCGGACGUCGCAACGGAACGAGAGCAUUACGGAAACGACUUGGCGGAAGAAGAAGGUAUCGUUUUCAUGCUCGAGGAGACGUGUAAUCGAAUCAAACUGGGUCUGGUGCAAGCACAGGAAUACAUCAUUACUUUCGACAAAUUUACCUGGCUGUGGCUGGACGACAAACAGGAAUACUUGGAUUUGUUUUUACGCUUCGGGCGUGCUCUCACGGACAAGGAAAAAGCCAUAGUGGCUGAAGACUCGGAAAAUCUUCCGGAGCAUCUGAAAGAAAGAAAGCCGGAACUGAGCGAUUUCAAAAGGGAAAUCGACUACUUUGUGGAACUUUAUGGGAAAUGUGACGCGCUCGAGAAUGAAAUGAUUUUUCUACGUUGGCUACGAUUAGAUACGAGAGCUUUCAAGCAAGUCCUGCUAAAUAUAAUCUGCAAAUGGACGAAUACCUUCAAAACAUAUCUCGUCGAUCAUGUCAACAACGAACUCGGAAAUCUCAGCAAAUUUCUGACGAAAGCUCUGAAGAAGUUUAUGCAGCCAAUUGCGGCGGACGAUUAUGAGGAUUUGUUAAAUACCAUAUAUUAUCUGAAGGAAGUUCGAGAUCGACAAUACCAAAUUGACGAUAUGUGGGAGCCUAUCAAAGCGACUAUAGAGCUUCUCAAGCAAUACCAAGUGCAAUUCGGCGAAGAAACGUAUGUUUGGCUGGCGGAACUGCCGGAGCAAUGGGCGACGGUUAAGAAGUGGGCGGCGCAGGUGAAGCAUCUCGUGAAUCCUCUGAUGGCACGUCAGAUCGAGCUGCUGAAGAAGCGUCUCAAUUAUUACGAUUUCCAGCAGCAAAAGUAUCUGGCAGAUUUCCGCGAGAACGCAGUGUUCAGUUUCGAUUGCACAAAUGUGUACGAGAAAUUGGACGACAUCAACAAAGAUAUCGUAGAGCUGGAGGAGAAAUUGAGUGAGUUGCACGAUCAGGCGAAUAUAUUCGAGCAACAGGUGCCGGAGUUUAAACAAAUCAAGCUCGCCAGGAAAGAACUGAAGCUUUUAAAGAAUCUGUGGGAUCAUGUGAAUAUCGUAACCUCGAGUCUGGACGAAUGGAAGACGACGUAUUGGAAUAAAAUAGAUGUCGAGGGAAUGGAUCAAGAAUGUAAAAAAUUGAUUCGAGAAUUGAGACAAUUAGACAAAGAGGUGCGAGUUUGGAACUUGUACACACACGUGGAAGCGCAAGUGCGGAACAUGAUGUCGUCGUUGAGAGCAGUUUCGGAACUGCAAAAUCCCGCCAUCAGAGACAGGCAUUGGCAGCAGCUCAUGGCUGAGACACGAGUGAAAUUUACGAUGGACGACAAGACUACCUUGGAGGACCUGUUGAAAUUGGAGCUUCACAAAUACGAAGAAGAGGUGAAAGAAACGGUGGACAAGGCGGUUAAAGAAAUGAGUAUGGAAAAGUUUCUCAAGGAGCUGCACAAUACGUGGGAUAUUCUUGAGUUCGACAAGGAGAUACACGAGCGCACCAAGCUCAACGUCUUGAAAAUAGACGAAGAGACGAUCGAGAUGCUGGAAGAGAAUCAGGUGCAACUACAAAGCAUGUUGGACUCGAGAUACGUAGCCUACUUCUUCGACGAAGUGACCGAUUGGCAACAGAAACUCAGCAACGCGGACGCCGCGAUCAAUGCCUGGUUCCAGGUUCAACGUGCUUGGAUGCAUUUGGAGAGCAUCUUUAUCGGUUCGGAGGAUAUAAGAAGUCAAUUGCCAGAGGAGUCGAAACGCUUCGAGAAGAUAGACAAGGAUUUCAAGGAUCUGUUGAAAGAAAUGUCGACCAACUUGAACAUAGUGAAGUCGACGAACAAACCGAAACUGUUGGAUCGCCUGGAGGAGUUGGAUAGGCAAUUGAGCGUUUGCGAGAAGGCGCUGUCCGAUUACCUGGAGACAAAGAGACUGGCCUACCCGCGCUUCUAUUUUAUCUCAUCUGCGGAUCUGCUGAACAUACUCAGCAACGGCAACAAUCCGGAGAUGGUUUGCAAGCAUCUGUCCAAGUUGUACGACUCGUUGGCGAAUCUCACGUGGAAAAUGGAAGGAGGAAAAGCGACGAAAUACGCCAACGGGAUGAUCGCCAAAGACGGCGAGGAGAUGGCCAUGCACGGAACGUGCGACUGUAGCGGAAAGGUCGAGGUUUGGCUGAAUCGCGUGACCGACACAAUGCGAGAGACCGUGCGACAUCAUUUCAGUCAGGCGGUCGCCUCGUACGACGAGAAGCCUCGCGAGCUUUGGAUCUUGGAUCACGAGGCACAGCCGGCUCUGUGCGGCACCCAGAUCUGGUGGACCGCCGAGGUGAACAUGGCGUUCGCACGGCUCGAGGAGGGAUUCGAGAACGCGCUCAAAGAGUAUCAGAAGAAGCAGAUCGGCCAGCUGAACGUACUGAUCGCGCUCCUGCGCGGCGAGCUCAACGAGAACGACCGGCAGAAGAUCAUGACCAUUUGUACCAUCGACGUGCACGCGCGCGACGUGGUCGGGAAAUUAAUAUCCAUCAAAGCGGAGAGUUCGUCCAACUUUCAAUGGCAGUCGCAGUUGAAGUACAGAUGGGACGACAAGUCGGACAAUUGCGUCGUUAACAUUUGUGACGCAUCUUUCGUGUACGCUUACGAGUACUUGGGCAAUGUACCACGGCUGGUGAUCACGCCGUUGACGGACAGAUGCUACAUUACGCUGACGCAAUCGUUGCAUCUGAUAAUGGGUGGAGCACCAGCCGGACCCGCUGGAACAGGGAAAACCGAGACGACUAAGGAUCUCGGCAGAGCCCUCGGACAAAUGGUUUACGUCUUCAACUGCUCCGAGCAAAUGGAUUACAAGUCGUGCGGCAACAUAUACAAGGGAUUAGCGCAAACUGGUGCGUGGGGUUGCUUUGACGAGUUCAACAGGAUCGCCGUCGAAGUACUGUCGGUCGUGGCCGUGCAAGUGAAAUACGUUCUGGACGGGGUAAAGAAUCGAAAGAAGACAUUCUUAUUCUUCGGCGAGGAGCUCAAUAUCGUGGAUACAGUCGGCAUGUUUAUAACGAUGAAUCCUGGUUAUGCCGGUAGAACCGAGCUUCCUGAGAACUUGAAGACGCUAUUUCGACCCUGCGCCAUGGUGGUGCCUGACUUUGAAUUAAUUUGCGAGAUCAUGCUGGUGGCCGAGGGCUUCCAGGAGGCUAGAUUGCUCGCGAGAAAGUUUAUCACUCUGUACACGCUAUGUCGAGAACUGUUAUCCAAGCAAGACCAUUACGAUUGGGGCUUGAGAGCCAUCAAGUCCGUCUUGGUCGUCGCUGGAAAGUUGAAGCGCGAUGAUAAAGAACGGCCGGAGGACCAAGUCUUAAUGAGAGCUCUGAGAGACUUUAACACGCCGAAAGUCGUGACCGAUGACAUUCCCGUGUUCUUGGGAUUGAUAGGAGACCUAUUUCCUGCGUUAGAAGUACCGCGAAGAAGAGACCUCGAGUUCGAACAGAUGGUCAAACUUGCGGCUUUGGACUUGAAGAUGCAACCGGAAGACGGAUUUAUCUUGAAAGUAGUACAAUUGGAAGAGUUGUUUCACGUUCGACACUCGGUCUUUAUCGUCGGCCUCGCCGGGACUGGUAAGACCGAAGUCUGGAAAACGCUCAACAGAACGUAUUCGAACCAAAAACGUAAGCCGCACUACAACGAUCUGAACCCAAAGGCGGUGACCAACGACGAGUUAUUUGGCGUCAUUAAUCCGGCAACGAGGGAAUGGAAAGACGGGUUAUUCUCCAUGAUAAUGAGAGAGCAAGCCAACAUGGUCAGCGAAGGUCCGAAGUGGAUCGUGUUCGACGGUGACAUAGACCCGAUGUGGAUCGAGUCGCUCAAUACAGUAAUGGAUGACAACAAGGUUCUAACGUUGGCGAGUAACGAAAGGAUCGCCCUAACGAAACACAUGCGUCUUCUGUUCGAAGUUUCGAACUUGCGGACAGCCACACCGGCGACGGUGUCUAGAGCGGGAAUUUUGUACAUUAAUCCGCAAGACUUGGGUUGGAGUCCAUUCGUAACUAGCUGGAUAGAAACGAGAGAUCACGCCGAACGCGCAAACCUAUCGAUUCUCUUCGAAAAGUAUAUUCCACCCCUGCUGGAGGUGAUAAAAUUGAAGCUGAAGAAGAUCAUUCCUCUGCCGGAAAUAUGUCACAUAGAAAUACUUUGUCAUUUACUGGACUGCUUUCUGAUUAAGGAAAAUGUGCCGCCGGAGUGUCCAAAGGAAUGGUACGAAUUGUAUUUUGCGUUUGCCUGCAUCUGGGCGUUUGGUUCCGUGAUGUUUCGAGAUCAGUUGAUAGAUUGGCGAAACGAAUUCAGCAAGUGGUGGCAGAACGAGUUCAAAACCGUCAAGUUUCCAGCGGGCGGCAACGUAUUCAAUUACUUUAUAGAACCGGAGACGAAAAAGUUGAUGCCCUGGACCGAAAAAGUUGCCCCCUUCAAGCUGGAUUCGGAUAUUCCGCUUCAGUCCGCUUUGGUGCCAACUGGAGAAACAACGCGUUUACGCUUCUUCCUCGACUUGUUGGUGAAGAAGCGUGUCCCGGUGAUGUUAGUGGGUGGAGCAGGCUGUGGAAAGAGCGUCAUCAUGGACGACAAAUUGACGAAUUUGCCAGAUACUUACAACGUCGCGAAUGUCCCUCUCAAUUUCUACACCACGUCAGAUACAUUACAGAGGAUCCUGGAGAAACAUUUGGAGAAGAAGGCGGGACGUAAUUAUGGGCCACCAGGCAUGAAACAUCUCGUAUAUUUCAUAGACGACAUGAAUAUGCCGAAAGUGGAUACUUAUGGCACCGUGCAGCCUCACACCCUCAUCAGGCAACAUAUCGAUUAUAAUCACUGGUACGACCGGACGAGAUUAACUCUGAAGGAGAUUCACAAUACGCAAUAUGUAUCUUGCAUGAACCCCACCGCGGGAAGUUUCACUAUAGAUCCGCGUUUACAGAGACACUUUGCCGUAUUCGCAGUCAGUUUCCCACAAACCGACGCGCUUAUGACGAUAUACAGUCAGAUUUUGGAACAGCAUGUGAUGGAUCCGCGAACCAAGUUUAACCCAGCGGUGCAAAAAUUCACGGAUCCCUUGAUAAACGCCGCUUUGCAUCUCCACGACAGGAUCGCCGCAACCUUCCUACCCACAGCCAUCAAGUUUCAUUACAUUUUCAAUUUGCGCGAUUUGACCAAUGUAUUCCAGGGAAUGUUGUUUGCUUACGGCGACGUUCUGCCCCAUCCAAGUCACAUAAUCAGACUUUACGCUCAUGAAGCUAUGCGAGUGUAUCGCGACAAAUUGGUGAACUUUGAGGACCAGAGAGUAUUCGAUCGUCUACUUCUCGAGGCGCUUCGCAAAAAUAUACCUGAGCUGGACGAAAAUGAGAUCAAGUUGGAACAGCCGUUAAUAUACUGCCACUUUGCGGAGGGAAUCGGCGAGCCAAAAUAUGCGCCUGUUAAGGACUGGGGGCAACUUGUAAAAUCACUCGACGAUACUCUGCACAGCUACAACGAGCUGGUGUCCGCGAUGAAUCUGGUAUUGUUCGAGGAUGCCGUGCAUCACGUGUGUCGUAUCAACAGAAUACUGGAGGCGCCGAGAGGCAACGCGCUUCUAGUAGGUGUAGGUGGUAGCGGCAAGCAGUCCUUAUCUCGCCUAGCCUCCUUCGUUUCCUCGUUGGAGGUGUUUCAAGUGCAAUUGCGCAAAGAUUAUUCAUUGAACGAGCUGAGAGCCGACUUGGCCGUGCUGUAUCUGAAAGCCGGUGUCAAGGGUAUCGGUAUUACCUUUUUAAUGAGCGAUUCUCAAGUAGCCGAGGAAGAGUUCUUAGUCGUGGUGAACGAUAUGCUGGCGUCAGGGGAGAUCGCGGAACUAUUCGGCGACGAAGACGUGGACGGCGUCGUUAACGCCGUACGCAACGAGGUCAAGCAAACUGGAAUGAUUGACACCAAAGAGAAUUGCUGGAAAUUCUUCAUCGAGCGUGUGCGAAUGCAAUUAAGAUGCGUCCUGUGCUUCUCGCCGGUCGGAGCGACUUUACGAAAGAGAGCUAGGCAGUUCCCCGCGAUAGUAAAUUGCACCGCGAUCGACUGGUUUCAGGAUUGGCCGCAGGAGGCUCUGGAAUCCGUGUCGACGACGUUCCUCGAGGAGCUAGAGGAGCUACCGGCCGAAUAUCUCAAGUCUGUAUCGCUUUUUAUGUCGCACGUCCACACGAGCGUGAACCACGUGUCUGAAGUAUAUCUGCGAAACGAGAGGAGAUACAACUACACGACACCAAAGUCAUUCCUCGAGCAGAUCUCCUUGUAUUCCAAGCUCCUGACGGAGAAAACUCACGACUUGACGGCGAUGAUCUCGCGUCUCACCGAUGGACUGAUCAAGCUCGAAUCUUGUUCCGUUCAGGUCGACGAGCUGAAGAUCAUCUUGGCGGCACAAGAGAUCGAGUUGAAGAAGAAGAACGAGAUAGCUGAUAAAAUAUUGGUAGAAGUGCGCGCGGAAAACGCGAAAGCGGAGGCGGAGAAAGCUAUCGUGAUCGAAGAGGAAGCGAGGGUGGCGGAAAUCAAGGAGACCGUGUCGGAGAAUCAAAAGCGUUGCGACGAAGACUUGGCCCGCGCCGAGCCGGCGGUGAGACAGGCCGAAGCGGCGCUCGAUACUUUGAACAAGAGCAACUUGACGGAAUUGAAGUCUUUCGGGACGCCGCCGGCUGCCGUAGCCAACGUCGCUGAGGCCGUACUCGUCCUGUUCUCACCGAAAGGUAAAGUGCCAAAGGACAGGAGUUGGAAGGCUUGCAGAGUGAUGAUGGGAUCUAUCGACGGUUUUCUGGCACAGUUGCGCAAUUACGAUAAAGAAAACAUACAUCCGGAUGUCGUGAAGGCGAUUCAACCUUACGUCACCGACAAAGCGUUCGACCCGGAGUUUGUGUACUCGAAAUCGCAAGCGGCGGCGGGACUCUGCAGCUGGGUGAAAAACAUCAUGGUGUUCCAUUACAUCAACGAGAGCGUGAAGCCUCUGAGAGCCGCGCUCGUUCAGGCAAAUGCCGAGCUGAAGGCAGCUAUGGACAAAUUGAAUUCUUUGAGAAGUCGUUUAGCGGAGUUGCAGAAGGUGUUGGACGUGUUGGAGGAGAAGAUGAGCGCGGCUCUGGCCGCGAAGCAAAAGUGUCAGGACGAAGCGGAAGCGACCGCGUUCACCAUAGAUCUGGCGAAUCGAUUGGUAAACGGCCUCGCAUCCGAGAACGUUCGCUGGGCCGAGACUGUGCAAGUACUGAAGAAAUCCGGAAUUACUCUACCGGGCAAUGUGUUGCUCGUCACGGCGUUUAUUUCUUACAUGGGGUGCUUCACGAGGAAAUAUAGAGUGGAUCUCAUGAAUUUACAUUGGUUACCGUUUCUCGACAAGCUGCAAGUGCCGAUACCGCGUACACCCGGUUUGGAUCCGCUGUCUUUAAUGACCGACGACGCGAAAAUCGCCCAGUGGAAUAACGACGGUUUACCUGCGGACAGAAUGUCUACGGAAAACGCCACGAUACUCAGCAAUUCUUCGAGAUGGCCGCUGAUGAUCGACCCGCAGCUACAAGGGAUCAAGUGGAUCAAGAACAAAUAUAAGAAUAAUUUGAUAGUGCUACGAUUAACUGACAAGAAUUAUCUCGAUAGAAUCGAAUACGGUAUCGCCAAUGGCGAAGUGGUGCUGCUGGAAAGCAUCAUGGAAACGGUCGACGCUGUUUUAGAGCCGAUCUUGGGUCGAGUUUUAAUCAAGAGGGGAAGGGCCAUCAAGAUAGGAGACAAAGAAGUGGAUUACGACCCGCGUUUCCAUCUCAUCCUGCAAACGAAACUGGCGAAUCCCCAUUACAAGCCCGAGAUGCAAGCUCAAACUACGCUCAUCAAUUUUACUGUUACGAAAGACGGUUUAGAGGAGCAGCUAUUAGGCGCCGUCGUGAAAGCGGAGCGUCCGGAUUUGGAAUCGACCAAAGCCGAGCUCACGACCCAGCAGAACACGUUCAAGAUCACGCUGAAGGCGUUGGAGGACGAUCUGUUGCACAGGUUGUCAUCAGCGGGCCCAGAUAUAUUGAGCGACGUCGCUCUCGUAGUGAACCUCGAGACCACGAAGAAGACCGCCAGCGAGAUCGAGGCGAAGGCAAUCGAGACGAAGGUGACCGCUGCGAAGAUAGACGAGGCGCGGGAGUCCUACCGGCCCGUGGCGUCCAGGGCCAGCCUCCUAUACUUCAUCCUUAACGAUCUCAACAAGAUCAACAUGCUGUACCAAUUUUCUCUGAAGGCGUUCAGCGCGGUCUUCCAGAACGCCAUUAAAUUUGCGGAGCCGGCGGACAUCCUUGGUAAACGCGUCGCCAGUUUGAUCGACAGCGUCACGUACUUGGUUUUUACGUACACCAGCCGCGGACUAUUUGAGAGCGACAAGCUCAUAUUUUUGUGCCAGUUAACUCUUCAGAUUCUGUUGCAAACGAAAGAGAUAGAGCAGGCCGAAGUGGACUUUCUCCUGCGAUUCCCUUACUUGCCGGAUCUAACGAGUCCGGUGGACUUUCUCAGUAACAUUGGCUGGGGUGGCGUCAAGUAUCUGAGCGGAAUGGAAAAUUUUCACAAUCUGGAUCGCGACAUAGACGGUGCCGCGAGAAGAUGGAAAAAGUUUGUCGAGUCGGAAACGCCGGAGAGGGAGAAAUUUCCUCAAGAAUGGAAAAAUAAGACGGCAUUCCAAAGACUGUGCAUAAUGAGAUGCGUGAGAUUGGACCGAAUGGUCUACGCUAUACGAUGGUUCGUGCAAGAGAAGCUGGGUGAAAAAUUUAUACAGUUCCGUGCGCAACCUUUCGAGAAGACAUACGAAGACAUGUGCGCAAACACGCCAGUAUUUUUCAUUCUAUCCCCAGGAGUCGAUCCUUUAAAGGAUGUGGAGAAACUCGGCAAGCGACUCGGCUUCACGUUCGACGGGCAAAAUUUCCACAAUGUGUCGUUGGGACAAGGUCAGGAGCCCGUCGCGGAGGAGACGAUGGACAUCUCGGCGCGCAACGGUCACUGGGUUAUACUUCAGAACGUUCAUCUGGUGAGGAACUGGUUACCGAAUCUCGAGAAGAAGAUGGAACAGCUUUCGGAGAAGCCGCACGAAGAUUAUCGUCUCUACAUUAGCGCGGAACCGAGUCCCGACCCUCACAAGUCGAUAAUACCGCAGGGUAUACUGGAGUCGGCCAUAAAAAUCACCAACGAACCACCGACGGGUAUGCGUGCCAAUAUCCACAAAGCGCUAGAUAACUUUAGUCAAGACACGCUGGAGGCCUGCGGCAAAGAAACCGAAUUCAAAGCUAUUCUCUUCACCCUUUGCUAUUACCACGCCGCCAUGGCCGAACGCAGGAAAUUCGGAGCGCAAGGAUGGAACAGGUUAUAUCCGUUCAAUGUCGGCGAUUUGACAAUCAGCGCGUCGGUAUUGUUGAAUUAUCUCGAGAGCAACGCCAAAGUACCAUGGGAAGAUCUACGUUACUUGUUCGGCGAGAUCAUGUAUGGCGGACACAUAACAGACGACUGGGACCGGAGACUGUGUCGGACGUACCUCACGGAAUAUCUCCAGCCGGAGCUGGUCGAGGGUGAGAUGUAUCUGGCUCCGGGUUUUCCGGUACCACCCAGUGGCGAUUACGCGAGCUAUCAUCAAUACGUGGAGGAUUAUUUGCCAGCGGAGAGCCCCGUGUUGUACGGACUUCACCCGAACGCGGAGAUCGGGUUCCUCACGAACACAGCGGAAAAUUUGUUCAAGACGAUCUGGGAGAUGCAGCCGCGGGACGUCGCCGACGCGACAGUCGGAGCGUUGUCGAAAGAGGACAAAGUGAGAGCUAUGAUAGAGGAUCUAUUGGACAAACUUCCCGAGCAGUUUAAUAUACAAGAGCUAAUGAGCAAGAUAGAAGAUCGUACACCUUUCGUCAUCGUGGCUCUUCAAGAAUGCGAACGUAUGAACAUAUUGACUAACGAACUGAAGAGAUCCUUGGGAGAACUUGAUCUCGGUUUAAAGGGAGAGCUCACGAUCAGCGCGGACAUGGAGGAUUUGCAGAAUCAUCUUUUCAUGGAGUCGGUACCGCCAUCCUGGGCCAGAUACGCCUAUCCCUCCACUUUGGGACUGUCCAGCUGGCUAACAGACAUGCUAAAUCGAAUUACCGAGCUAUCGAAUUGGACUGUAGAUUUCAACUUGCCAUCGUCGGUCUGGCUGGGCGGCUUCUUUAAUCCGCAAUCUUUGCUUACGGCCAUUAUGCAGCAAACCGCCCGUAAAAACGAGUGGCCUUUGGACAAGAUGUGCUUGCACUGCGACGUAACCAGAAAACAGAAGGAGGAAAUCACGGCGGCGCCGCGCGAAGGAGCAUAUGUGAACGGUCUGUACAUGGAGGGUGCUCGAUGGGACAUUGCGACCGGCUUCAUCGCGGACUCUCGGCCGAAGGAGCUGCUGUCCUUGAUGCCGCUGGUGUUCGUCAGGGCGAUCACGCAGGACAAGCAGGAGACGAAGAACGUGUACGAGUGUCCGUUGUACAGAACGCGAACGCGCGGUCCCACGUAUAUCUGGACGUUCAACCUGAGGACCCGCGACAAGCCCACCAAGUGGACCUUAGCCGGCGUGGCGAUUCUUCUGCAGAUUUGAGCGACGGCGCGUUCACACGCGAGUUUGCGAUCGUUUCUCCAUUCUUUUUUCUUUUUUCUCUUUUCCUUCAAUGCUCCCGGCUCUUCGCGCGAGUCGUAAUGGUAACGCGCGCGCGCGCGCGCGCGGCUUCCCGGUUAAUAACCCUCGCAAUUACGUCAAAGCCUGUACGGUAUGAGCAGCGAGUCGCGGUAUCGCCAUGGAGCGACGAUAAUUACAACGCGCGUAUUCGGCUAAUUAUGCGAUUGGCAUAUACUUUACGCGUGUGGUCGUUGCACGUAGAACGUUCUCUUUGUGCUCGCUUUGUUUCUCGUUGCGAGGCGAUUUGACGCUGUUCCACUGUAGAGCCUCCCGGUCUCGCGUCGGAAACGGAAGAAACCUGAUGGGGGACAGAUGCGCUCGUUACUCCGAAUGGGGGAAAAAAACGCAUUGCACCGUGUUUCGAUUGAAAUCGCGUUGAAUUGGAGACGAGCGCGGGCGAAUUGAAGGCGAUCGAGCGAGUCGGGAGGACGUCGUUGCGACAACGUGACGACGUGCGUUUUCGUCGGCCCAGUAAGGAAGAGGAACAUCGGCUUUUGCACAUCCGGUGCUUUCUUUACGCUCUCUCUCUCUCGCGGUGGUGCGUUUGACGAGUCAACGGUACACGACGACAAUAUGAUUGGAGGGUUCGAGGAAGUGGUCACCUUUAUCGGCUGCGACGUAAUUGUCUGUUUCGCGAUGACGCAUCUGGUUUCGCGUGUCGAUGCUCUCUCUCGCUCUCUCUCUCUCUCUCUCUCUCUCUCUCUCUCUGCUCGCGCGGAAUUUCGGACACGCGACGAGCGCCUUGCGAAAAACACGACUCGCAGCGACCACGCUUAACUCGGAUAAUGCACGGUCUUUUAAAGCGUAGCAUAGCCGCCGCGUAUGUUACCGUUCAGUCAAAGCAAUUAGCCGUAACUGCAAACUGCUAACUAGUUUGCCAACCGCGACAAGGACGUGUACGAAUGAGUGGAAUCCUCCCGGUUGCUGCGCGCAAAAGGAUAACUCAAAUUACGAAACUGUUUUGCGCACGAGUUUUCUCUUCCAAAGUAAGAAAAUUAAUCAUAUCAGCUGAAUAAAAUCAACGCUAAUUGCGCUCCAUCGAGAAUUACUUUUAAUAAUACUUUUAAUAAUACGCGGCGAACUCUAGUCUCUCUCCCUCUCUCUCUUUUUCGUGGAUAAGCCUCGACUUGUUCAUCGUGCUCGGCGUCUAGACGAGGUCGGCGCUACCUGUCUCGGAUUAAGAAAGAGUCGGGAAAUAUUUUUUGGUCAUUAAACUAAUUAGAUUACCGGUAUUGCGGCGGUCGGCUAUAAAUUAGCGUUCCAGGUCCUUUACGGUUGCUCCGUCCGGAGCCGUCUUCGGCCGAGAACGCCUUCAGGGCAAACGCGCGCGUUUCUGGUAUUUAUAGGGGACCUACCGGACGAAGAAGGUGAGGUGGACGCGAGACUUGUUAAAAACUGUGUUCAACCGGCAUCGAACGGAUCGUACGACAGACAUCGCGGGUGAUUGCUACCUCGAUGCACUCGGACGUAGCUCUUCGCGUGAGCUUUGAGUUCAUUUUGCGCGAUCUAUGUUUCGCGAUAAAAGUCCAAGCAGAGAAUUCCAUCUAUAGCCCUGCGCACCGUGUGCGAUACCAUUCGUGGACGAAGAACUGAAUGCUGUCGCGCGAAUUGAAGUUUGUCCUAUAAUAGGUGCGCGCACAAAGCAACGUGCCCCCGUAAAUAUAUACGACCUGUAAUUAAUGAGUCAAGAAGAAAUCGAGAAGAAGAAACUUUCGUCAAAGCGCAGGUCAUUCUGCGCCCCGUCCAAAUUAAAGUCACAAUAAAUGGAAAGUCUUACAUAAUGAGAAACUUUCUUACCGUGACAAGAACGCGGUAUCAUUGUUACGUAGAAACUAAAACGCAAUCUAACGGAAACGUGUCCUUGUGCAACAAUCGUCUUUCCCGUGUAUCGAGAUUGCAAGGAAAUCUAUUUUUCACUUGGAUAUUUUUUCCUACGCAUUCGAAUCCUUGUCGAAACUCAUCUCAGAGAAAAAGAUAUCGAGGGCAGCUACACUGAGAGAAAAAAUAUUUAAGAGAAAGUUUAUUUCUGUGAAUAAACUUUACAUAUAUAAAAUUUCAACUAUUUUUUUCUGUGUACAUUAAUUCUACACAAAACUCAUAUAGCUGUCGCUACCCGUGUCCACCCGUGUCUAAACAUGCGAUAUAUCCCAUCCUACCUAUAUUCAAUUGUAAUAUUUGUUGCGAAUCGGCUCACGGUGAAGGUAUAAAUCGAGAUAGUAGAGAAUUGGACGCUUUAGAGCUCCCGUCGGUCGGGUAUGCCCGUCGGACCGGUGUUUGUAAAUAUCGCAAAGCGUUUAUUCGUUGAAAACGACAUCGACUUUAGAACGCCACUGAACGUAGUAUUGUUAUUCAACAGCUUGGAGCAAUAAGCAAAAUAUAACACGCGCAGUAAACAACGUCUUUGCGUCCAACAUGUCAGACAUGACUCUUCAAGUUUUAAAUAUUCAUACUGAGAUUAUCAAUCGAGUCAAUACAGUCAAUAAUAAAUGCGAUGUAAAUGUAAACACUGCGAAAAAAAACUGCGAAAAAAAAAUAGCAAACGAAUGCAAAUUCUUUUCUCCAGAUUUCCAAUCUAGCGCUUUCAAUUCUUAACUUCUCUGCAUGGAGCUGCUUUCGAUACUUGUUGGCUUUUUAUGUCGUCAGUUUUUCGCUUUUCUAGAAUGAAUUUUUAGAUUGACAAAGUGUGCUAGCGUUCAACUAUUUACACGUUGCUGGUAAAGCAAUAUGAAGUCGCCAGCGUUUUGAAGAGAAUUUAGCGGAAACCGCCACGCCAGUCUCAAGUGUCACGGAAUAACAUACUUUAAGUCGCCCGCUGAGUUAUUCGCUACCGUCUUGACACGGAGCUUGUCUUGAGACUGCUGCUAAAGUCACUCAGCUAUUUGCUUAACGAGAACGUUGGACAUGUUCAACUUUGUUACAACGACCACUAUACGCCGCGACUCGAGCAUUUUAGACGAAUAAAAAACGAGCGUCUAGAAGAAGCUGAAUUCAGUGAAUUCACUGACGAAUUCAGGAGCUCGCUUGAAGAGAAUAAAAGCAACGCGCCGUGU